AUGUUAUUUUUGGUGGCCUAUUCCUUAUUCGAAGCACCGAGUAACUUGGCAAUGAAGGCACUAUUUCCUCCAAUCUUGAUCACUGGGGUUGUUAUUUACCAGCAUCUCAUUAGAUGCUUAGGGUUUUUGGUCAUUUGUUUCGGUUCCCUUUGUGCAGGGAUUGGAAGUUCCAAGAAUGUCCCAACUAUCAUCCCUCUUCAGUUUCUCCUAGGAGCAGCUGAAGCCGGUGUCUACCCUGGAAUAAUCUUCUUUCUCAGCUUCUGGUAUGGCCACGAGAACGGGCCAUCCGAAUCGCCAUCUUUUUUCGUAGCGUCACUCUGGCAGGCGCCUUUGGGAUCUAGAGGCAAGGCGAUGGUUGUUCAUCAUCGAGGGCUUACCAUGUAUAAUUUUGGCUGUCGCCGUUUCCGAGUUACCCAGAGAAGGCAGAGUGGCUCACUGCUAAAGAAAAGUCUAUUCUGCAAGCCUCAUUUGGUCAGAAUAUCCCUCGAGGGUAAGGCAUUUUCACCAAUUUCGAUGCAAAGGCUGAGCUGGAAAUGCAGUGAUGACUCGCUUAAUUGGAAUGAUGCCAAAUGUACCUUGAAAGAAGCCCGUCGGUGGAUGCACUACUUCACUUAUCUUUGUGUUGGCAUUGGUGUCUCCUCUCUAUCGCUGUCUGCACUCACACUCGUUCAUGGGAUUGGCCAUACUGGGCUCGAUGCACACAGCUCUUUACCAUUCCUCCUUGUGCAUGUGCACAUGUGGACAAAUAUGGAUGUUGUGGCCUGUGUCCCAAGCCCAGGUCUUCAUCUUCGAUACGCUAUGCUUGUGCUCUGUAUAUGCUCUGUUUUUGGAGAAUUGCCCGCAAUAUAUGCAUGGGUUUCAGAUAAUGUUCACAGCGCCACUGCAGCAUCAUUAGCAAGUGGUCUCAAUAUUGCGUUCACCGGACCAGGUCAGAUCAUAGGCGUGUGGAUCUAUCAAGUUCAACAGCCCUCUCGUUAUCAGACUGUUCAUUCUGUGAAUGCUGCUAGUCAAUUUCUUGCAAUGGCGUUCGCAUUGGGUCUCUGGUGCUAUUAUCGGCGACGGAAUGCUAAACAUGCUCCGGGUGAGCAGAAGUGGAUUCCUUGA